GCCCAUCCGUCUAACACUGCCAUGAAGUUGUCGCCCGGUCAUCAUACGCUGCCGCGGAAGAAGACGUUGCCGCUGGACGUCGCGAGCAGGACGAUGACGAGCAAUGUCUUGUCCUCGGGCGCCAACGUUCAGCAACAGCAGUUCCAACGGGGCCAGCCGUUAAGAAGAAGCUGCCUGUCGCCGACGCAGCAUCAUCAUCAACAGCAGCAGCAUCAACAACAGCCGCUGCACCAUCAUCAGCAACAUUGUCAGCAGGAGAGCUCGUUGCAUUUCGAGUAUUUUGUGCCUCGCAGCGUCAGUGAGUUCAAUCUCGCGGCCGCUGUGACGGACAUGGCUGUGCCACCCCCGCCGCCCGCGUCGGUGCUCAGGCCAUCCUCGGCGAUGACGCCGCCGGUCACCGCCGGGAUGACCGUCGUCGCUAGCCAGACUAGGCUGCUGGACAGCGGCAGCGGUGGCUGCAACACUGCCACGAGAAGCCGCGAGAAAAUGGUCACGUUCGAGGACGAGGGGCUCAGCGUUAGCUCGACACCCACUAGAAAAAACUUGCCCGCCCUGGAUAACGUCUUCAUGUGACCUGUGCCGCGGCUUGCACGGAUGAUUAAGCGGUUGCUGCUGAAGGUGAGAACUUUGUCUCGGAAUUUCGCGCCUCAGAUCUGAAGGUGCCCGGUCAUCGGUGAUCGUCGACACGUCAAUUGACAUCAUCAGUUAUGGGAGAAGAAUCUAAGAGUCAUGAGAUUAGAAAGUUUAAUUUUUUUUUUUUUUUUUUUGAGAGACAACUAAAUGGGAUUUGAUCGAUAUUAAAACCUGAGGAGAACUGUUAGAGCUAUUAUCAUUCGAGAUAUAAUGGAGAUGUUCUCUAAAAGGGUUUUUGAAACACAGAUAUUCUCCAAACGCACGAAUAAAGAAUAGAUCAGUUGACACCAAGAAAGUGAAAAUGCAAUACUAUCCGAUUAUAUCGCGAAUCGACGCAAUCGAAUUAUGUCGGGUUAAUUAAAAAGUCACGAAUGAGUAUUAAACGGAACAGAAAUUGUUAACGAUUACGCGACUUUUGAUUAAAGCGGAAAUAGGGAUAGAGAGGAAAAACAUCGACAACUUUUAUGAAAACUGCAUUUCUGUAUAAUACGCAUGAAAAAUAAUGUAGGAAUGUUUGAAAUAAUGGCAAAGGAUGUGUAGAGAUUGUUUACAAAGCAAACUCCGAAUAGAAUGCAAUAAUCGGGAAAAAUAUUUUGUGCACAAACAGAAUUUCUGUCAGAAGCAACCACUUGAGAUGCGAAAAUUUUUCGGCACUAAAGACCUAUUUCUUAUCACCGGAGAAUAGUGCCUAAAUGACAAUGACAUCCUAGACAGCGCAAACUGAAAAAGACGUCUAAAAAAAUCUAAUUCCUUAGAUAUUCUUUGAAUAUUUUUUAAACAUUUCUUUUUUUAUCUGUGAGACAUUCGUGUUGUCUUGGAAUUAUUUUUACGUCUAACAGAUUUUUCACGAAGCGCGACAUAAUCUCCAUUAAAAAUUUCCCAUUGCCAUUCGCGACGCCACGCACAGAAACCGCACAAAAGCGACAAAUAGGAGAUAAAUGACGAAAGAUAAACGCUAAAAAAGAAAAGAAAGACA